UUCGACGUUUCUGUGAGGCAGUGUCGCAAUCGCUCCAAAUUAGUCCCAUUUCAUCUUCCAUUGCCGAUUGAUCCCUUUUCACAGAUUCCGGUGGUUAUUGUCUUGUCCUUGCGGGUGUACGUGUGUGAGCGUGUGUUUUUUUUUUUCUUUUUUUUUUUCUUUUUUUUCUUUUCUGGUAGAGUUUCGUGCUGGGACGAGGAAGAUUGGUUUUAGAGUUGUGUUUUGCGGUGUUCUUGUUGCCACCGUCUGUGAGGAGGAUAGAGUCUUGGGGGUGUACAAGACCCGCCAGAAGAACUGGGGAUAUAUGGUGGAGUUUGGCCGCUACGGUACACGGCGCGCACCAUGAACGCAGGAGUCUCUGGAUUCAAAAACGCUAUUGUGACCAAGGGAAUCGUGGUGACUUGUGGAUUAGUAUCCUUGGUAUUAGCAGCUCGAGGAGAUGCAAAGGCUUAUAAUCUUUCAUAUCAGAAAAUCGCGCAGCGACUGGAAUUAUGGCGGUUAGUAGUAUCACCUCUGGUAUUCACAUCGUUACCAGAGCUUUUAUUUGGGCUUUAUCUUCUAUACUUCUUCCGAGUUUUCGAGAGACAAGCUGGGUCGAUUAAAUACUUGUUCUUCGUGUUUUUUACAACAAGUGUAUCGACAUUCUUGGAGCUCGUUUUUUUAUUUACCUUAAAAGGCAUGUUUCGAGACGGUUAUUUUGGCUACGGUCCUCCUCGUGUUGAGGAUGGUCCCCGGGUUUCUGGGAAAGGCGGCGACUGGAGAUUAUUUCCAGCCUCACUGAGUUGGUUUAGUGACGAUUCAUCAUUCAUCUCAAGCAUCAGAUUAAAUUCUGGUCCUACAGGCUUGAUAUUUUCGUCUUUUGUGUUAUUUUUCUUUGACGUUCCUGUUUCAAUACGUUUUAAGCUCCUUGGGAUCAAAGUAUCUGAGAAGUCCUUCGUUUAUUUGAUCGGUCUUCAGCUUUUACUGUGGUCAAGGAUGCACUCCAUGAUACCUGGAAUUUGCGGAAUAAUUGCUGGGUUUAUCUAUAGAUGUGAUCUGGGCGGAAUACAGGAAAUAGGGUUUUCGUCAGGCGCCUUCAGGCGAAUGGCAUGGAGAGUGUCACCUUUCUUUUCAGGAAUUUCUUCAGAGAUGGCUUCAAGAAUGAACAACAACAGAGCAUCGGAGCCUGUUAAUGAACCCACUAACAGGCCUCAAGAGAACAAAUUCUGCAAUUCUAAUCUUCAAGAUCUACUGCAAACGGUCACCUGCAUCUGAUGAAUGAGCUAUAUGGUUACCUUCGGCCUGGUUGGAAUGCAGAACGAUAUGCCAGUUCGCGCAGAAAGAAUUUUCGAGUUGAUGGCUCAGGGUCACAGUCAAAAGGACGCAACCAUGGCACUAAUGCUCUGCCAUAAUGACUCAAGAGCAGCCCAUGACUAUCUGACGAGGAAAUGAUCGCUAGGUCGAAAUCCGUAAGAGAAAAAAACUAGAGACAGGUCUGGAAGUAUAGUCAAGUUUAUCUUAGUGUACAUUACAAUUUAUUGAAGAGUGUGAGCACCACCUGAGGACCUAGCAAGUAUAUAUUUUUAGUUAUGAAAUGUUUGCUGCAGUUAGAUGUUGCUGAUUUAGACGAAGAUCUUUUUCCCGCUCUCCACAUGGAGUCUAUGGUUGUAUCUUGCUGCAAGGAUGAAACCGGUGACUUUCCCAAGGUUCGAACAGCUUCUAAAACACGUUUUUCGAAGCUGGGUGUAACCAAAGAGAGUCUCUAGUUCAAUCACCCUUUUUUUCGCUAAAGAGAACCCAAGCGUCUUGUACCUUUCAUGCUUACAAAA